UCUUUAUAAAGGAAGCGCUUGACAGGGAGCAAAUAGUUGAGAAAUAUCGAAUCCAGCGGAGAAACGCAGACGGCUUACGUUCAGGGAAGUUUAACCAGGCUCGUACCAUAAUUUGACUUCUUAGCUAACACAGACAGUUUAUACGUCAUAUUUGUUUAACAGUUAGGAUCAAGGGAAAGUAUCGGUUAAGAGAAGCAAAUGGCAGAGAUACGAAAAAAGCUAGUCGUAGUCGGCGACGGCGCCUGUGGAAAGACCUGCUUGCUGAUUGUGUUCAGCAAAGACGAGUUUCCUGAGGUCUAUGUGCCAACUGUAUUUGACAACUAUGUGGCCGACAUUGAAGUGGACACCAAGCAAGUCCAACUAGCACUGUGGGACACGGCUGGACAAGAGGACUACGAUCGCCUUCGGCCGCUAUCCUAUCCGGACACUGAUGUCAUCCUGAUGUGCUUUUCCGUGGACAGCCCGGACUCCCUCGAAAACAUCCCCGAGAAAUGGGUGCCAGAGGUAAAGCACUUUUGUCCCAACGUGCCCAUUAUUUUAGUUGCCAACAAAAGAGACUUGCGCAACGACGAGAAUGUUAGGAGCGAGCUGUCCAGAAUGAAACAGGAACCAGUGAAAACAGAGGACGGGCGCGCCAUGGCCAUGCGCAUUGGUGCAUAUGACUAUUUGGAGUGUUCUGCUAAAACGAAGGAUGGUAUUCGGGAGGUGUUCGACACUGCGACACGUGCUUCUUUACAGAAGAGAUCAAAACCCUCCAGCGGUUGUGUGAACUGCUGUCUGUUGUUGUGAAUGAACAGCUAACGUGAGCAAUAAUGUCUCUUACGUUAAUAUACGGCUGCCAACACCACCAAGACCUGUUGUCAUUGUGCUUGAAAAGAUGCAUGACCAAGUCUGUCUCCCAUUAGGCUAAAGACUUUCUUUUGAGCCGGUAGCCAUGAGAAAUGUAAUAAUCCUCAGAUUGUGGAUCAUCUUGAUCUAUUUACCUGAUCCCUCAAUUGACGCGAAUACAUACUCUAAUACAAGUAGCCAACAACUGACACUCCAUGCGAUUCUAAUUGACUGAAUAAAUUCAUUUGCCAAGCAUUCCGGAUGCUGCCUGAAAUGAUGCUGUAGCCUUUGAGGAUAUUGUUCCAAGGAGCCUACUUGAGUGUCUGGUGUCAAGGCUUGUUGACAUGCAACCAGUUAGUCACGAAACGUGGUGAUGCCUUAAACUCCACGCACAUUUACAUGGACAAAAACCUACACUUCCCUUGUCUGUCACGAAUAUUGAGUACAAUUUAUAUUUCAACUUAAUCUGCCGAUUGUGAGUGGUGUUGGUCCUUUAGCUGGUCGACAUUUGAGACAAAAUAUCGACAUUUGAGACAAAGGCAUGUGCACAAGACCGAAGUACAUGCACGUGACAUAUGCACGAUAACUGGUGUUUACAUGGUUUUGUACAUGUGCCAGGUGAUAGAAAUUUCAACUAAGGUAUCAGCACUCUAAAAAGUCUAACUAUUUGCCUCAAAUUCCAAGCAGCUGAAGGACCAACCACACAGGCAACCGGUAGAAUAAAUUCCAAGUUAAUUUAUUCAACAUUCUGGCAUGUAAGGAACAUUUCCAUGAUUGUUUGUUAUGUUUGUUGUUGCUCUCCUAAUGUUUUUAAAAGGCUGUUCAUCCUGCCGUGUGCAUCAUUGCAUUAACAUGACCGGGAUACCACUGCAGCACUGUAAAGCAUGAAUGCUAUUAUUUCACAUACUGUAUAUGGUGGAGUUUCAAAAAAGAUACCCAUAGUGCAAUAUUUUGUCUUAGUUUCAAGUUUGUCAGUUUUAUAUUGUUUUAUGUUUUUAAAUAAUAAAGAUAUGAUUAGAAUGUGUAUAGCCUACUGCCAAUGGAAUUGUAUUUGUAUGGCCUGCUGCUGUGGAUGUAAACUGUAAAUGCACAUGGGAAAACCUAA